AUGUGGAGUAUUAUAACCCUGGUCGUGCCUUUAACGGUGUGCAAGGAGUGGGAGGUAUGGUUGCAAGAUGGUAGAUACCAUGAAUGAUUUCUUUAUCCGUAUUUUGGAAUUUUAGAACAAAGCUAGAGUUGGGUAUUAUUAGUUGUAUCUAUCUGUGUGGAAACCCCGUUAAUCUUCUCUUUAAGUCCAAGUACCAGCAGCUCGCAAACAUCUGCACCGCCGACCACGUCAAGCAGCCAGCAAGCUCCCGCCAGCGCAGGCGCAAAUCCAGCCAUCACUUCAGAACUUCCACACGCCGGGUCUAGAAGUCGCUUUUUUGUCUUGCAGAAUCUGAUAAGAACCCGAAGUGGACGGUAUAUUAAGGGUCAAAGUGUUUCAUUUCCACAGGCUCUUAUUGUUUCUUAGUUUCGUUCCUUCUGAAGAUUCUGAGAUCAGAAUGAACCCAAGGAAUGAAAUGCUUUGAGCUCCAAACAUAGACUACGCCCUUUCUUGACCUUUUCAAGCUAUGGGGGCCCCACCCCUCCGGGUAUGUUGCAAACCUUUGUGUCGAUCUGGAGAACGGAGGGAGUCGCGCGAGGACUCUACAAAGGCGCAUCCAUCACGUUGGUGAAAGGUCCGGUGACCGUAGCAGUGGCCUUCGCGACAAACGACGCUGUCAAGAGUAUGCUCACGGACCACGACGCUCGACGCGCAGGUUUGUUCCACCGACAAUCGUCCUAUCGUCCACCACUAGCAGCCCAAAUACAUCAAGUCGUGGAACAAGAAGGACCCGUUGGACGUUCGAGCUCUACUGCUACUGGUGGUGGUGGAGUUGAUGUUUCAACAUCCGUUUCGGACGAGGACGAACAGGAACAGGAAAAAAGAGCUCGUUAUAUAGAGCGACAACUUGCAUCCAUCUUAAGGCUUUAUUCCGUAAAAAUUCCAUCUGAAGAAGCAUCAAUCUUCGACACGUUUUCAACGGCAAAACACGUCAAAGAUGCAGCUGUCCAAGAUGAAGUAAACAGGAAGCUCUAACCGUCACAGGCAGCAUUCGAACUGACGUGGGUGUUGCCAUUGCUGCAUCUUCCGUCUCUAGCAAUGUAGAAGACACGACAUCAGGCGCUUCAAAAAGCAGCAGGCAGGAGAGUAGCAGACACAACCCCCAGCAGGAGGGAUCCACCCCCAGAAGUUCUUCAAAUUAUGAUGAGCCAUCAAGCUCAAGGUCAAGCGCAACAGGAGCAUCAUCGUCAAGAAGAACACUAUCUACAACAUCUGCAUCAUCGUCUUCCGCUUGCUCCUCUGCUUCAGGAUCUUCUUCAGCCUCGUCUACAACUUCUCCAUCCAGCACACCACGUCGUCCAGAGCAACAAGCUUCAGCGUCACAACCUCCAGAACAACUUCAAUCGCAAGAAGUAUGAAACGAAAAUCUGUUAUCAUUAUCAAGUUUCUGAAGAAGAAAAGCAUGAUAAUGAUGACGACUUUUCUUUUCAUAAGAAGAGCUUGCUUUUAGAACGCUGACUCCGAUUGAGCGUCUUUUCUGCGGGUCGGUCGCUGGUGCGUGUGCUAAAACAGUUAUUGCGCCUGGGGACCGAGUGAAGAUCCUGUAUCAGACCAACGCGAGUCGCAUCUUUACCUGGGCUGCGGCUUUCAAAACUGGAGCGAGGAUAUAUCGCACAGCAGGUGUCUUAUGGUGCCUCAGAGAUGGACUUCUUUUCAUCAUUUGAUGAAGUAGCUUUGUUUUCUUGGCUCUCUUAUCUGCCUUUCUACCUUUCUCGAGAACAAGUUCUUUGACCCCUCCUCUAACCACUUGUGGAUUCUGGCGUGGACAUGGUGCAACGCUUUUGCGUGUCUGUCCCUAUGCGGGGAUCAGCUUCACGGUGUUUCCCGAGAUGGAGGGACUGGUAGGUUAUCUGCCACUCUCAGACGAGCAACAUCUUCAAGUUACCUCUCGGUUCCUGGCAGGAUCGCUGACUGGGAUGGUGGCAACCACGAUGACGUAUCCUUUGUUAAGGCACUAAUCUAACCUAGUAAAGGACGCUAAACUAGCGGUGAAUUUCGAAAUCAAAGUAUUGUACCCAUGCAUGAUCAUCGUCCAGUUUGAUCUUCCUUUCUAAUUUCAGACCUGAUGCGUGCCAAGAUGGCUGCGCAUUGGGCUGCAGAGCCGCUUUAUCGUGGCUACGGCGAGGCAUUUGCAAAGCAGUACGCAGACGAAGGAUUCCGCAGUCUUUUCAGAGGUUUACGUCCAACCUUAAUUUAUGGCUUCCCCUUCUCCUAUUCCUCCAUCUGUAUAGGAAUCGCUCAAGCUGCAUAUGCCUCCCAAUACCAGGGAGAUACCGACGCAUGCGCUUGAGGGAGUUCUAGAGGGAUGAAUUGGGGAGAGGGCUAAUUACUAGGCAUUGUGCCCUACGCUGGGCUAUCCUUUGGCAUUUACGAGAAUCUCAAGACAUUACUCCCAGACAGCACUACUUCUAGGCCUACCGCUGCUGGAGAAGGCGAAAUCGAAACGUCCUUGCCCGAGUGGCAAGUUUUGAGCCUCCGCUUAGGAGCAGGCGCAGCAGCUGGAUUAGUCGCGCAGAGCCUUACCUAUCCUUUGGAUAUUACGAGAAGACGGAUGCAGGUGAUGCCAGCAGGAACUUUCCGUAACGAGCUUGAUGCAAUCCGCAAGAUAUGGAGCAAUGAGGGAUUGCGCAGAGGACUUUUCAAUUAUGGCAAACAAGAAUGAAAAAGCAACGUCGUUAUCGCAACGACGACCAUAGCAUAACACACACAGAGCACAAAGAAAUCCGGCAGGAUCGUACGCGUCGCCCGGAGCGCAUCGAAACAAACAAACGAACAAGAAUGAAAAAGGCAAUGGUGACGAUGAUGAUGAUGAGCAUGAUGAAAAUGAUGGACAACUACAGGGAGCAGGUAGAUGCAUCCUGUUACUUAACGAGGAACAUCAAUCAAAGCUCUUCAUGUUCACGUUGUUGCUAGAGACUUGGAUGAAGAAAUAGGAAGUCAUCUGUCGAGACGAGAACUCCAUCAUUCUGGGAGGCUCGACGCUCAUCUUGGUACCCUCUAAUCUCAAGGCCUUUCGAUGAACUAUUUAAAAGGACCGAUUUCGGUGGCGAUCAGCUUCAAUGUCAACGAUUUGAUGAAGAAAUGGAUGGCCAGUACGACCAUAUGA